GUCCCGUCCGUUCCCUCCCGCCGCGUCCCGGCCGCGCUCCCCGCACCCUCCGGCGCCGCUGCAGCCAUGGCUCAGCCCUUCUCCCUGGCCGCCUGCGACGUGGUGGGCUUCGACCUGGACCACACACUGUGUCGCUACAACCUGCCCGAGAGCGCCCCGCUCAUUUAUAAUAGCUUUGCUCAGUUCUUAGUCAAAGAGAAAGGGUAUGACAAGGAACUGCUCACUGUCACUCCAGAGGAUUGGGAUUUCUGUUGCAAGGGCUUGGCUUUGGAUCUGGAAGAUGGGAGCUUCAUUAAACUUGCAGAAAAUGGUACCGUGCUCAGGGCAAGCAAUGGCACAAAAAUGAUGACUGCAGAGUCCCUGGCAGAAGAAUAUGGCAAGAAGGAGUGGAAACACUUCAUGUCAGACACAGAGAUGGCAUGCCGCUCAGGAAAAUACUAUUUUUAUGAUAACUACUUUGAUCUACCAGGAGCACUUCUAUGUGCCAGAGUUGUGGACACUUUAACAAAGCACAACAAUGGCCAAAAAACAUUUGACUUUUGGAAGGACAUAGUUGCUGCUAUACAACACAAUUAUAAAAUGUCAGCUUUUAAGGAGAACUUUGGAAUAUAUUUUCCAGAAAUAAAAAGAGAUCCAGGCAAGUAUAUACACAGAUGUCCUGAAUCUGUAAAGAAGUGGCUCCGACAACUAAAGAGCGCUGGGAAAGUUCUCUUGCUGAUCACCAGUUCUCACAGUGAUUACUGUCAACUUCUCUGUGAAUAUAUCCUUGGGAAUGAUUUUCCAGAUCUCUUUGAUGUUGUGAUUACAAAUGCACUGAAACCUGGUUUCUUCUCCCAUUUACCGAGUCAGAGACCUUUCAGGACACUUGUGAAUGACGAAGAGCAGGAGGCACUCCCAUCUCUGGAUAAACCUGGCUGGUACUCCCAAGGGAAUGCUGUACAUCUCUACGAACUUCUGAAGAAAAUGACUGGCAAACCUGAACCCAAGGUUGUGUACUUUGGUGACAGCAUGCAUUCAGAUAUUUUUCCUGCCCAUCAUUAUAGUAACUGGGAGACAGUCCUUAUCCUUGAAGAGCUCAACGGGGACAUAGACAGGAAGCCUGAGGAAUCCGAGCCUUUAGAGAAAAAAGGAAAAUAUGAGGAACUGAAGACAAAAUCUCUAAAUGCCUUAUCUAAAAAAUGGGGCUCUUUUUUCAUUGACUCUCUUUCGGGACUGAGAAAUAAAGAAGAUUCCUUGGUUUAUACCUGGUCAUGUAAGAGAAUCAGUACUUAUAGCACAAUUGCAAUUCCAAGUAUUGAAGCAAUAGCAGAAUUACCACUGGACUACAAAUUCACAAGGUUCUCUUCAAACAGUUCAAAAACGGCCGGCUACUAUCCAAAUCCUCCAUUAGUCUUAUCAAAUGAUGGGACAUUAAAAACAAAAUAAAUUAUCUUUUAAAAAUUAUGUAAAGAAUUAUAUUUAGCAAAUGAACCAUAAAAAUGCAAAUUUUCAAAAAUUACUAUGCUUUAUAGGAACAGACUCUUAAUGAAAAUUGACCAAAAAAUUUAUAUGCUUUUCUAUAACUUUUCUUUCUAUAUUGAUCAUCUUGAUGCCAGCAACUUUCAUUAUAUUGUUACCUUCAUACCAUAUAACUGUAAAGAACUUGUGUUAGCAUUUUCUAUACCAACAAUUCUAAGAUCAGAAUUUACCUGGGAAUUGAUACCCAUAUAUUGAUAUCCAUCAUCUGCUUACAUUCUCAAAUAUGCAUAAGCAAGUCUUUCCCAAAGUUGAUGAUAGUUCCUUCAUGGGGUACUGGAAUGUUCUAGAGAGGAAGUAGAAGCCUCAUGAUACAAUUUGGAGAAUGUCUUCUGUUUGUUGACUUUACAGAAAGUAGAUUUCUAGAGCACUAAAUAAUGUUGGUUUAAUUUUUUCUUUUUCUUUUUUUUCUGUAAAGGAGGUGCUAGGCCAAAUAAAUCAGGAAUUUUGGGGCGCUAGACCAAAAUAUGGUACCAAAUCACAUAGCAUCAACUGAAAACUUCGUAGAAUAUGACUUCACCCAACUUCAAAGUUGAGAAAUCCUGUGAGGGCCAGCAGUCUGCCUAACGAUAACUGUGAUACAUAUUAAAGUUUAAGAACCACUUACUGGACCAUGUCUUCCAGAGAUUGGUUUAAGUGAUCUAGAGAUACAGAUGUGUAGUAUAUCUUUACAUACUUGAGGAGCCAACUUUGAAAACAACUGAUAUACACCAGUGCAUAUGAUUAAAAGACAGAUACAGAGUCUAGUAAAAUGAAAUGAUUUUUCUAAGCUAUCAGGUUUCAUGUUAUUGUGUUUUUUCAAAACAAGCAAAUAGACAUUAGUUUGGGGGGCCAUGUGGCCAAUAUAGACAGAUGAUACUGGAAGCAAAGUAUUUCACCCUCCUGUGUUACCUGUUAGAAUCUUCUUCCCUCAGAACAUUAAAGGCUCUUUAAUUCAUAUUCAUAUACUUUAAGGCAAAUAUUCUCAGUGAGAUAAAAAUUGGUUAUGGAGUAAGAAAUACCUCAAAUAAUAGAUUUUUCACCCACCAAAGCUCAAACCAACUAGAUAAAAUCUUAUCACUUAGUACUAAUUUCUGUAAGGAGAGAUUUAUUUUAAAUGAAUUAAUCAAUUUAAAUUUGGUUUCUCAUGGGGAGUAGGGAGAGUGAGUAACCCCUCCCCAGAACUAUGUCAGGUAAAACUGCUUUGAGACAUUUUAUUUGUAUUCAGUAAUCCAGGGCUGUUACUGUUUUCUGCUAUAUGAAGCCAUAUUAAUAGCUAUUAGCUGCAAGAUGUUUGAAGCGAGGUGAUGUUUACUGUAAUUUACACUGUAAUUUCAAUAUAUAUGUCAUAAAUAGCAUUAGAAAAGAAAAACCAUUGUUCAUUAGUUCAUUAUUUUCGUUAUCACUAUUUUUCUUGGAGUAUAGAAGAGUAGUUAACAUUGAUAUAUGAAAUGAAAGGUAAAAAUAUUUUGUGAAUAUUUUCAAAUGCUCAAAUAAUUCUAAAUAUAUUGAGUUUACUUAUCAUGGUAGGUGAACAGUUACUGAAGUUUUUUUUCCUCUAAGUCAGUAUCUUUGAUAUCUUCUACUAGGUUUAAAAAAGACAUUUUUAAAAAAAAUUGAUUUCUGAAAUAUUGAAAUAUAUUUGAUAACAGAUACAAAAGUCAAGCUUAGGAAGAUGCUAUCUCAUGUAUACUUUUGAAGACACAAUUUUUUUUUAAAUAAAGCUAUGUUCCUUUAAAAAAAAAUCUAUGUGUUUAUUUGUAUAAUGGUAAAAAAGUUCAUCUUAAAUGCUAGCUUAUGGACUGCUGUUGUUAAUAUAAAAGCUUAAAAACAAAAUCAGUAAGAAAUGUUAGCUCUUUUAGCCACUAAAAAGUGAAAAAGUCACUGAGUUCCAAAGUUCCAAGCCCUCCUUUUGCCAGUACCUACACUGAGCAGGUUACCAUUGAAUUUUAACAAUUACUUUCAUCUUGUCAAUAGAGAAAAUGAACUGAAAUUCAUUUAAAAGUUUGCUUCUACCGUCUAGCAAAGUCAGUGCUUCUGGUAAAUGUUUUCUAUUUAUUAGAAAAAAAAUGGUAGACGUUUAAAACUUUCUAAAAGGUGCCUCAGUCAUGGGCUAGAAAUGGCUCAAAUAGGUGGGGUGUAAGUUUUCAUGCACCCCAGUUUCAAUCCCUACCACUCCCAGUACCACCAGGAAUUCCCAGAGCAUUGUAAAUACAAAUCCUAGUGUUUAUAUGGGAAGCCAGUAGUUAAAAAAAUAAUAAUCCUAAAAACAGCACUAUAGAAAUUAAAAAGAGGACUUGGGAAGAUAGCUCAAAGCAAUAUCUUGUGGAGAUCCCAAGUUUGAUCUCUGAUACCCUGGGCCCAAGUAACAUGACAUCAUCAGUUUGAACACUGGACUGAUAGGCCCUCACAGCUGCACUGAGGUACUUCAAGACCGGCCCUAGGGUCCACUGAACACCAGCAAAAUAAAGACAUCUGUAGCACUGUCAUCCCAUUCAUUGAUUUGCUCAAGCGGGCACUAGUAACACCAUUGUGAGACUUUUGUUACUGUUUUAGUAACACCAUUGUGAGACUUUUGUUACUGUUUUUGGCAUAUCGAAUGCGCCACAAGUAGCUUGCCAGGCUCUGCCCUGCGGGCGGGAUACUCUUGGUAGCUUGCCGGGCUCUCCAAGAGGGAUGGAGGAAUCGAACCCAGGUCGGCAAAUGCAAGGCAAAUGCCCUACCCACUGUGCUAUCGCUCCAGCCCAAAAAAAGACAUCAGAGAAGAUAAACUAUAUUAAGUCAUGAAGAAAGCAGGAAAAUUGUUUAAAUGUCAGGAAAGUUUAAUAUUAGCUUGUAUCCAAACAUAAGACACCUAAAACUAAAUGCUAGGGACCUGAGGUUUUGUUUACAGGCCCUGUUCUCUCAUCAGAAGAAAAAUAUGAAUUACAUAUUGGUCAAAUGGAUUUGUCGGAAUUAGCAUUUUGAAGAUUGAGUAAACACAAACUUCAGUUGCUCCAUGAAUUACCAUCAAAAAAUAUAAAAUACAUGCAUAUAUAUAUAUAAAUAAAAUCUACUGUUUGUUAAACUCUAAAUUGAAAUCAUAUUAUUUCCCUCACAGAAGAAUCUGGCAAGCUCCCCGUGGCAUAUUUGAUAUGCCAAAUACAGUAACAAUAACAGGUCUCAUUCCCCUAACACUGAAAGAACCUCCAAUCAUUGGGAAAGAUGAGUAAGGAAAGGCUGCUAAAAUCUCAGGGCUGGGACAAAUGGAGACAUUACUGGCGCUCACUGAAGUAACUCGAUGAAAAACGGGAUGACAGUGAUACAGUGAUUAUUUCCCUAACAUCCACAUUCUAUAGUUCAUAUUCAUAUUCAAAUAUAAUAAACACCAAAAAAGUAAUGUCAAGUCAAACUACCUCUUUUGAUAUAGUAACCCUCACUAUUGGAAUCAUACAAAUAUUUCCUUUUUUUUUUUCCAUUGUGAUACGAGGAAUUGAAUCCAGGGCCUCACCCAAGUAAAGCAAGUGUUCUGCCACUGAAUUACAGCCCUGACCUAUGAAUAAUUUAUUUUUAAAUUGAUGUUGGCCCGGAAGAUGGUGUUCUGAAGCACAUGCUUGGAAUGCAGAAGUCCCUGGUUUGAUCCCCAGCAAUAUGUGGUACUCUGAGCACCACCAGGAGA